AUAAAACUUUCCAAGCGUUUAACACCUACAAGCUAUUGGUUCUGCAUGAUCUAGAAAAUACUCCCAAAACUGGACUGUUCACCAAGCAGCCUCUGGAUGCUGACCAUUUAUUGAGCGUACAGAGUGACUGGAUGCCGGACAAAAAGUCACCCGAAAUGCUCUACAAUGUGUAUGAGUUUUUCACAGGAAAGGGCUGUGAGAACUGGGUGCUGAGUAAUGGCUGUGUCAUUGUCCUUCCAUUCUCCAACACAGACGACAGGACAGCAAAGAAAAUAGCCUCACAGAUAACAUCUAUUAUUGGGCAGUACCCAGAGAAUGCAUUUGUUUUGGCCGAUCUUUCACCUGUUAAUGAAGACACUUCAACAACGAUGUUGGACAAAGUGAAAAAAAUCCUGAAAGACCAAGCAGAUUAUAUAGGCCUCUCACGGUCAUACAGAAGCCAAGAAGAUAAAUGGGUUUUAACAGAACACAGCUUUGAUGACCAGAUACAGAUGGCCCUGAAUCAAACACUUCUAGAAAAAUUGAAUCAACUUCUCAUGCACAAAGCCCUGCUCUCUACAGUAAACUUGGCAAAAGACUCAGAUCGUUCGUUUCUAAAGACAACUGUUGAACAUUUAGGAGUUGUCUUCCCUUGGCAUCAGUCACAGUUUCUUGCAUUGACAACAAGGGCUUUUGAAGUCAUUUUGAAGAAUGGAAAAACAAUGCCAUUGGUUUCUUCUUUAGCAGAUAUAAAGAAAAGUUGCCCUGUAGAUACAAAGUUCACCUUCAACCCCAGAUCAGCUUACAGUGAGAUUGGCAUGGCUUUGGAGAUCUUACAUGAAAGGGGUUCUGUUGUAUACUUUCCAAAUAUAAACCGGAAACCAGCUGUGCAGAAUAUUGAAAGUUUGGUGAAUCUUGUUAAGCUGGGAGGUGUCAUGCCACACCAUGCAGAUAUACCUGGGGUGGGAACAGAAACACCGUGUUGGAGCAGAGAUGACUUCAAAGUCUACUACAAAAAUAUGUCAGAUGAGCAGAUCAACCUAUUUUUAAACAUCCUGACAGAGCAGGGUUUAGUGUUUAGGUUUCCAUGUGCUCCCAAGGAUCCUAAGUCUAAAGACACACUUGUAUAUGUGAUGACUGAGAAUCUCCCUAAAGAUCCAGAAAUGCCAGUGGAUGAAAUUUGGCCUCCAGAUUUACCGACAGGUUUUAUGCAGAGAGAUGCAUACUUCACCUUCCCAUCUCUCCCCCACUGGCUGUUUCCUUGCUUCCUCAGAAAAGUACAGGAGACCUCCCAAGUCAUAUUAAUGUGGAAGUCAGGCCUUAUCCUUCAUCAAGGCCCUGUCAUGGUCUUGGUCGAACUUCUUCCAAAUGAGAUCAAUCAUGAUCUUCCAGUCAUUGUGAUUAGUGCUCGAGUGGCCAACUCUAAACUGUUUGAUACUCUCUUCAUCACUUUCAACAAUGUCAAGACAAUUUUAGCGGCCAUGAUGCACACAAGGAGAGUUUUUGCUGUGAAAACUGUUUGCUGUAAGGUCUGUAACCCAACUAAGAACAGGAGACAUGCCUUGAGUGCUCAACACAAUUGUUGUCAUGUGAAGGAAAUGGAUGUCAAAGUUAACGAGAAACCAAUCACCUGUAAAAAGACAGGAAACGCUGUAAUGAUUACGAAGCAGGAGUUCAUUGGAUCUGAUCUGACACGUGAGGAGCAUGUCCCAAACCAUUGUGAUACGUCAAUGUUGACAUCUGCUGAUAACAACGAAAUGUCAACAUCUUCCCGUUGUUACUUAUGCAACAACUGCAGUUUCCGGGGAAUGAACUGUAAAAAUAAUCUACGCAAUGGCAUCAGCAGCAAACAUUGUAGCUGCAAUAAUGAGAUUGAGCUAUGUGCAUACUGUGGUGUAUGUAGAGACUGUCUACAAACAUUAUCAAAUGCCCAUGCCACUGUUCAACCCUGUUUCAAAGAUAAACUUUUCUCUGAUACAUCAGUAAAGCGGGCUGGGAGCAACCUCAGCUUUUCAACAGAGAAAGUCAGCUUUAAAUUUCCUGAACCUCUUAACUUCCUGCACUGUAAUAUCCUGGGUAUCUGUCUCAACCGAGGAAGUCACUAUACCAUCACCAUCUCCAGUGCUAACAGUAAACUAGAGUAUGACACAGGAGAGGGCAAGAUCUUUGUUGAUGGAGAACAAAAAGGUGGGGAUGUCAAAGACAAACUUGAUUGUAAAAUGAGCGACAUUUUGGACUUUGAACUGAUUAUGCUUGAAAAGAAUAGCAGAUUGAUCCAGGUGCUUAAGAUCAGCAGAAAUUCCGAGAUGAUCUAUUGGAUUGACCAUCAAGACCUUAAUGCUACUGUCACCAUCACCCCGAAUAAACCUGGCAACGUUGUCAUAUACACACCAAACCUCAUGAGAAGACAGGAAAUAGAUAGCACAAAAGAGGAAAGCUUCUAUGAUGGAGUGCUAAAGUGUUGCGGUCCCUUCCCCACAGUGUUAGAGAGACAGAUGUCCAUCAUGUACCCUUCUGUGGAAAACACCCUUUUUAAGAACCCAGUCGUUGACUUUACUGGAUCUGCAGGUGUGAUGUUACCAGAUACAGUGAGCUGGAAACAUGUGUUAUAUCCGUCCCUAGAUGCUCUGACUGUAGCUGAGAUGUAUCACCCUCUAUGUAUGACCAGAUCGAACACUGGUAUGGAGAUAGAGGACAACCAUGACCAGUGGCUGAGAAAAAAUCUGGUUCAUCUGGUUAAUGCAGGUGGUUACAAGCUUGGUUCAGAGACUGCCAGGUUAUCAGCCCAUCUUAUCUGGGGCUGGCACUGCCUGUUGAUUCACUAUCCACAGCUGGAUAUGCCUCCCUAUGAACUUUUACUACCUGAGCUAUAUUCUAGCCCAGACAAGAGGUACAGUGAUGUACGGAUUGGAAAAGGAAUACAAGAAAUACUUCGAAUAGCUGCAAUCAACAUGAUGUCAAAUUUUGAAGAAAAAACAUUUGGUUUGUCAACAUUCAGUAAGAGAAGUACUUUAGAAGAAAGUUCUCUGGAACUUCAACUUUCCGUUGAGAAUGCCUUGGACAAUACUGGACUUCUUCCAACAGAGAGUUCUUUGAUGCCCGGUCGCAUGUUGUAUAUCUGCCCUGGACACGCAGCUAGUUGGCAGAUCGGAGUGGAACUCUCCGAGAUUCCAGAGUAUAUCUUUAAAGGAUAUUCCAACUUCAUAACCUCCAUUAAAUUACCCAACAAUCAUUUGACUUCAAUCACACCUGAAGCGUUUUUGAAUCUCCCUCAUCUCUUGAAAUUGGAUGUGAGUGAAAAUUUUUUGGAUGUCCUGCCGGAAACUUUAGGGCAGUGUUGUAAUUUACACUAUUUGGACUUGGCAGAAAAUAACCUGCUAGACCUACCGACUUCAUUGAGCAACUGUAAACAUUUGUGUCGGAUAGACAUCAGUCAGAAUAGAAUGGAUGUCUUACCACCUGUUCUUAUAAAGUUACCUGAGCUGAAAAGACUGGUAGCCAAUGACCUGUUUUUGACGAGUUUACCUGAAAAUAUUGGUGACAUGCCAAACCUUAAUGUCUUGUACAUGAAUGGAAACUGCUUGACAAAGCUCCCAAAGAGUUUUGCGAAGCUCCAAAAACUGAAAGAACUUUCACUGCCAGGCGUGAUGUGGAUGAAAAACAAGUCUAACCAAUACCAUUCAAAGUCAUACUUUGAGAAGUUUUUAGAAGGAAGAGGAAUCCAACGGCUACUUGCAGCAUUACCCGAGUCUGAGAAGCUGAAUCACGAUGACAUGUUCCAGUUGUUUGAUUUCGACAGUAGUGGAACACUAGAUACUAAAGAGAUAGCUAGGUUAAAUGCCAGUCUCUUCUCCAUCUUUCCAAGGUUUGGAUACAAAGGCAUAGACCCUCCAGAUGACAAUACUCCAAGUGGAUUUCCAGAGGAGAUUCUAACACUUAAGAAUCUGACCUACCUCAAUCUUCAGUACCAAGGCAUUGUCCAUGUACCAGCAGGUAUUCAGAAUUUAGAAAAGCUGGACAAUAUGACCCUGGCCUUCAACCCAAACCUGCUAUCUAUAGCUGCUGAGGCUGGACGCUGUCCUCUAAAACGGUUAACUUUGGAUGACUGCCCCUUGCUGAAAACCCCUCCAAAAGAGAUCAGAGAACGAGGAUUUACUACAACAUAUGCCUACCUCAAACGUCUGCUGACAGGAUCUGUGGACUGUAAACGAACCAAACUGAUGUUGGUGGGACUUGGUGGAGCUGGUAAAACCAGUUUAGUGAAAGCUCUGAUGUCCAGUCUGCAAGAGGAGUCCAAUCUGACUGGAGCAGAUGCUAUUACUGAUGGAAUUGACAUCUGUACUUGGGAUGUGGAUUACAAGGGAGAGACAAUAUCCUACAGUGUGUGGGACUUCGCUGGUCAGACCGUGUACUACAACACACAUCAGUUUUUCCUUUCUGACCGCGCUGUGUACCUGCUGCUGUGGAAUAUACGACUUGGACAUGAACAUGCUGGUUUGAACUUCUGGCUCAACUCAAUCACAGUACAUGCUCCUAAGGCCCCCAUCUUUGUUGUGGGCACCCACACUGACCAGAUGACCAAAGUGGAGUUACCUAUGGACGAAAUGAACCAAACCUAUCACCAAAUAGAGGGAUUCCACUUCGUUAGUUCAAAGAAUGGAAACGGUAUUCCCGACCUGAAAGAGGCAUUGUACAAAGUAACAUUACAGCAAGAGUACAUGGGAGAGAAAAUUCCUCAGGCAUGGCUUCAUUUUGAAUCUAUCAUUGCAAAUGAGAAAAUCUCAAAUAGGAGUGAUGUGCUGCCAUACCACAAUGUAGAGAAUUUGGCCACAGAGGCUGGAAUAGUGGAUGCUGUUGAGGUGGCUCAAGCAAUCCAGUUCCUACAUGAUCUUGGAUCUGUACAACACUUCCAGAAUGAGUACCUACACAAGCAUGUGGUGAUCAACCCUCAGUGGAUUGUAGAUGUGAUGGCCUGUGUAGUGUCUGUUAAACAGUCAUCCAUCCAGGAUGGUCAUCUGAAGCAUUCUGAUAUUGGAACAGUCUGGAAAGAAUAUCCAAAGAUGUGUGACUGGCUUCUGAAACUGACUGAACAGUUUGACUUGACGUUCCAGUUAGAGGGGGAAAAAUGUAACAUUGUACCAUGUCUUCUUCCAGAGAAGCGUCCAGAGAUUAAAUGGCCAGAGAUGAACAAAGAAGGUGGUGUUUAUGAAACAGUAAUGGUCUACAAAUUUGACUAUCUCCCAGCUGGCUUGUUCAACAGGGGACAGGUAAGACUGCAUGGGUACUCAGAUGACUCCAUGAUCUGGAAGAGAGGAUCAUUUUUGCAGAAAAAUGGCCAGAUAGCAUUGAUACAACAGAUUAAGGACUCGGAGCUAAAUGUUAGGGUCCAAGGGAUGAAGCCGGAAAAUCUGCUGUUCUUUAUUCAUGAGGUGUUUGAAGGUCUAAUUAAUGAGUCCUUCCAUGGUGUUGCUUACGAUUAUGAGAUACCAUGUCCAGAUUGUACAAAACAGUAUGUAAAAGAUCCCCAUAUGUUCAGGGCAUCUGGUGUCCGCCGUGCCCUGGAACUGAAGGCACCAUUCCUACAAUGUCAGAAGUAUUUCCACACUGCCCCCAUUCUCAACCUUCAGGGCAUUAUGGCUCCUGACACUAACAGUGACUUCGAAGUUCAUCUGGAUCAGGAUGUCAACAAUUUGCAGCAGAUACAAAACGAGAUGUCAGUCAAUAUUUUCAUCUCCUACUGCAUCAAAGACGCACCAGGAGAUAGAUCUAAAGUCAUACAUCCAGCCACUGUCUAUGCUGACCUGGAAAAUGAGGGAUACACCUGUUACUUUCCUGAGGGUAAAGAACUCAUCUCUCGUGAAGAAAUGGCUAAAAAAAUUGUACAUGCAUCAGUGUUUCUUGUGUUUAUCUCCAACAACUAUGCUGCCAAUGAGGUCUGUUGUGACAUGUUCAAGUAUGUUGUCAACACCAUGAAGAAAUCCACCAUCGUUGUAGCUGUAGGAGAGAACUUCGACUGGAAACAGAGCCCCACUUUGGGAGUAUUUGUAUCUGAUCUGGUUUUUGUGAACAUGAUCAACUCUAAGAAGGAUGUAUACAAGACUAAAUUUGCUGAAUUACUGACCACGCUGCAGAAGAAUGAAGAACUGAGUCUAGCCAAGCCAGAGACAUCCAACCCUUGCUUCAUCAGCUACUCCUGGGUCAAUUCUCGUACUGCUGUGGAUUCUGGUACCAAGGAGCUAUCUGGAGCUAUUGGCCCAGGAGACCCUCGGGAACUGAAAAAAUAUUUAGAGGAACAUGGUGUAGGCUGCUGGAUUGAUGUGGAGCAAGUCAAUGUGAAUGACCAGUUGUUCAGCAGAAUCGCAAAAGGAAUGUCUGAGGCACGGAUAAUGGUUGCUUGUGUGUCUGAUGAAUAUGCCCAGUCAAAGACUUGCUGUAAAGAACUACGAUUUGCCCUGCAGCUUGGAUUGCCAAUAGUGAUCGCUGUUGUUGGGACAGGUGAAAAGUGGAAACGAACAGAGGUUGGAUUCCACUCAUUGUCAUUUCCGACAGUAAACUUUCAACGCCAUAAUGACAAUGCCUGUCAGGACCUGUUGAAACUUGUACAGAAAAACAUGUUAGCAGAACACGCAGAGGAUGCAGAGGAUAAGAAAAGAAAGAAAGACAAAGCUAAUGAGGAAAAGGCAAAUAGGUCAUUCCAGGAAAUAUACGAGUUGACCCAGAGGAAGUUCCUCAGGCAGAUAAGCAGCUAUGCAAGUAACCAUGACAUUGGUAACUACCCACGGCUCUUUGUAGCGGAUAUUGCAAAACCAAAGAAAAGUACAUCAGAGUCUGAAAUUGACUCUAUCAAAAAUAAAGGAUUCUUUUUGAAUGUCUUUACAAUGUGUGAAUGUGAACAAGGCUGGCACAGCGUGUGUGAUCCCCUUGAAAUGAGAUUCAGGUUUGAUGCAGGACAACUAGAUUUAUAUGCUGCCUACUUAGCUCGUAUAACCAUGGUGAUGAGACAUGACCCUAACUUUGUCCUUGACCUGUUCAGCAGUAAUGAUGGACAACACUACCUCAAGUUGAUACAGGAGCUGGCCAUGAAAAACACAAAUGAUUUCCAGUCAUGUUACAUCAAUAUUCGUCAGUUGGUGUUUGAUAUGGACAAAAAUAUGGAGAAGGGGAAAUUGAACAGGUGCCGUAUGCCAAGUGGGAAGACGGUCUGGCUGUGUGAAAAGCAUUCCAAGGACAUGAAGGUCACAGUUUUGAGUGACAAGGUGACUGAGGUCAAACACAAGGUCACCAACCAACCUUGGCUAGAAGCUAUGGUAGAUUGUUUGAGGCUGGAGCAGAAACUUCCUUUUAAAUUUAAAUCCACAAAAAAAGCUAAAAGAAUUUUGAAAGCUUUGAAGGUGGACGAUGUUGAGCGUGAUUCAAUAAGGCGAACAUUGUCUCGCAGUGCAUCGAACUUAGGCAAGCCAGCACACAGAGCUGCAAUGCAAUCUGUUCUUAAGGAGAUCAGUAACGAAGAGGUACAAGAAUCACAAGUAAAGGAGUCAGCACUGAAGAAACCUUCCAAGGAUAAAAGUGUCAAAAAAUCUGUCGGCUUUGGUUCAGUAACAACAGCAAGUACGGAGGACCUGAAACAGCCUACAGAAAAUUUACAAGUGGAGGCACCAGAAAAAGGAAAAGAGGAAGAAAAAGAAGUUAAUCAGAAAGGGGCAGAACAGAAUGAAAAGGAAUCAGAUGAUGCUGCAGCAAACACUGAAAAAGAAGUUAUGUCAUCUUCUAACCCAGAGGCCAAAGCGAGUAAUCCUUCCCCCAACCUGGAGGCCAGAGAGAUUAAUCCAGCCCCUACCCCAGAGGUCAUAAACAAAGAUCCUCCACCAAUCCCACAGGGCAAAGAAGGAAAUCACUCUACAUCACCAGAGACAACAGACAAUAACACCACUCCUAUUUCUUCACAAAAGAUGAAAGAGAAUGAUGCAAAAUCCACUCCACAAACAACACCCUCCACCCCACGAGUUAAAUCUGGGAGUAAAAGGGAACCUGCUCAGGUCCAAGGGAACGCUCAACAACCUCAGCAAAAACCUGUAGAGAAAAGCAAAGCCUGUGUAAUUUUGUGA